UUUUCACGUCUAAGUAUCAACUGUCACACUUAUUCAUAUUUUUCUCUAGCAUUAUAUCGAUUAAUUUGUAUUGACAUUUUGUAUUACUCGCUCGCACGUGUUAACAUACCAAACGGCUUCAAAAUGCCGCGCAAUCGAAAGUGUUGUGUUAUCGGCUGUGGAAAUACCAAAAAAACAUGUCCUGACAUUAUAUUAUACAAAUUUCCUGUUGGCGAGUUUGCUAAUGAACAGAAACAAGCGUGGAUAAAAGCGGUUAAAAUACAAAACUUUGACGAAUCUCGGUGGUCACCUUCUAAUUACGAUGUUAUAUGCAACGCUCACUUUAUUGGAAAACAAAAAAGUAUCAACAAAUUCAGCCCCAGUUAUGUGCCAAAAAUAUUUCCUGGACAAAGAAAAAAAAUCGAUGAAGCAGCUGAAAUAAACAGAUUCACUAGAUUUAUGAAGCGACGAAAUUACGAUUCGAGUGACCCAACGAUUAAGAAAAAAAAAGUAGAUGCAGCUCGAGAGAACGAUGCAAGUACAAGCACCUGCAAUGAAACACCGGACGACUCGGUCACUGAAAACCAAGCUUUGAUGCAAAACUAUCAAGAUGACAAUGUAAUCAACGAUUCAAUUUUCCUUCAAGAAAUUUCGCAGUCAAAUCAAGAGUGUCAAGUUGACAUGUUACCGCUUAAUGAUUCGGAAAUGCCUCUUGAUAAUUCGAAAACCUUCGUGUGCAUCAGAUACGUAGAAAAUAAUGUUCGCCAUGCUGAAAUUCAGACAAAUAUUAAUAUAUUACCAAAAAUUGUAGUUAGAAAUCAAAAAAAAGUUAGCGACAAGAAGGUUGGAACACAAAAAAAAGAAUACGCAGAUAUUGGCGUAGGUUGUAAUUUUGAUGAAACAUUACAAAAAGGUUUCAUUGGAAUGAAAUCAGUUCAGACAAGUGACCAAUUAAUUGACCUUGCUGGAAUUUCUGUGGAUAAUUUUAAAAUUUUUUCAGAGAAAAUUUAUCCAUAUGAGAGUAUCAAUCAAAAGAUAUCCACCGAAGAUAAUUUAUUAAUUUUUUUCAUGAAAUUAAAAACCGGAUUGUCUUUCUCAGCUUUGAGUGUGAUAUUUCAAGUACAUCGAACAACAAUUUCAAGGAUUUUUUAUUGUCUUUUAACAUAUAUAGCUUCUGCUACUCGAAACUCAAUACCAUGGCUUGAUAAGGAUACUAUUCAAGGAACAAUGCCAUCCUGUUUCAAACCUAAUUACAUCAACACGAGGGUGAUUAUUGACUGCACCGAGUUUCCUAUAGAAGUACCACGAUCGAUAGAAAAUCGUAUACACACUUACUCUCAUUACAAAAAAGGGUUCACGGCUAAAGUUCUAAUUGGAUGUGCACCCAAUGGGCUUAUUACUUUCAAAUCAGCAGUGGCUGGUGGGAGAAAAAGCGAUUCCCAAAUUACUGUCGAAAGUGGCCUUUUAGAUUUGUUGGAAAGUGACGAUGUAAUAUUAGCCGAUAAGGGUUUUCCAGAAGUGAAAACUAAAAUAGACGAGAGUGGGAAAAGAGUCCUGCUUGUAAUGCCUCCUUUUUUAAGAGAUCAUGAGUUCACUGAAGAAGAAUGUGCAAAGACUUACAGCUUUGCAAAUGUCAGAAUUCAUAUCGAACGAAUAAUGCAAAGAAUAAAAUUGUUCAACAUUUUCAACAAGGUCCCGGCUCAUUUAUUCGAUAAAAUUGACGAUAUUCUUCACUCAGUAGCCUCCGGCAGUUGGGAUGGAGUGUCCGGCAGGAGCCGCACUUUCAUACUAGAGAAGGCUUGCGGAAGCCAGAUAUCGUCGCUGUAA